UUUCACACUUCGUCCAGUGUUUGUUUUGAGUCUGUGUUUUUCUAUUGCGUAGCAGAAAACUCCCAAAAAUGGCCGAAGACUCAAAAGUUGUGGUCGAGGAUUCGCCUACAAAUGACUAUCGCAAUAGGCUGGGGAGUGAAGUCGCCUUGGGGAUUGACGACUUGAGCGCCAUUCCCAAAGGUACCAUCGAUCCAGUGUACGAGGCGAAAGCCAGAGUACUCAAUCGAGCGAUACAAGACAUUGGAAUGGGAUGGUAUCAAUGGCAGUUGUUCAUCGUCGUUGGCUUUGGCUGGGCCAGCGACAAUCUAUGGCCCAUCGUCACGUCUCUCAUCUUCACCCCGAUCACGAACGAGUUUGGUCCAAGUAGACCGCCUCUGUUGACCCUGGCGCAGAACAUUGGUCUCUUGGCCGGCGCCAUGUUCUGGGGGUUUGGAUGCGACAUCUUCGGCCGUCGCUGGGGGUUCAACCUCACCCUCGGCAUCACGAGCGUGUUUGGCCUCAUCGCGGCCAGCUCGCCCAACUUUGCGGCCAUAGGGUGCUUCGACGCCCUGUGGUCCUUUGGCGUGGGUGGGAAUCUGCCCGUCGACUCUGCCAUCUUUCUCGAAUUCCUCCCCGGAUCCCACCAAUACCUUCUCACUGUCUUGUCGAUAGACUGGGCUCUGGCGCAGCUCCUGGCGACACUGGUCGCGUGGCCGAUCUUGGGCAACCUGACCUGCCAGGAGGAUGAAGUGUGUACGCGGUCCAAGAACAUGGGCUGGCGUUAUUUCGUGAUAGCCAUGGGCGGUCUGGCCAUGGUAAUGUUUUUUAUUCGGUUUGUCCUGUUUACGAUUUACGAGUCUCCUAAAUACCACAUGGGCAAAGGCAACGACGAAGAAGCUGUACGCAUCGUGCACGAAGUCGCCCGACGCAACGGCAAAACCUCCCCCUUGACCGUCGACGACCUCAAGGCGUGCGAGGUCUUGGGGGACGGGCAGGCUCAACAGACCACGGCCGCCGCGGCCAUCAAGCGUAACCUCGAAAAGUUCAACCUGGCCCACGUGCGGUCGCUGUUCGCGACCAAGAAGCUUGCUUUCUCGACCGGCAUGAUCAUGGCCAUCUGGGGCUUCAUCGGGUUGGGUUACCCUCUGUACAAUGCGUUUCUGCCUUACCUGCAGGCCAUCAAGGGGGCCGAGUUCGGCGACAGUUCGACCUACAUCACCUACCGCAACCAGGUCAUCAUCGCGGUGCUGGGCGUCCCGGGUGCGCUCCUGGGAGGGGUCAUGGUCGAGAUCCGCGGGUUCGGACGUAGAGGCACCCUGGCCCUCGCCACGGUCGCGACGGGCGUGUUCCUGUACUGCAGCACGACCGCCACCACUUCCGACGCCCUGCUCGGUUGGAACUGCGCCUUCAACUUUUGCAGCAACGUCAUGUACGCCGUCCUUUACGCCUACACCCCCGAGGUCUUCCCAACGAAAGAUCGCGGGUCCGGGAACGCCCUCUGCGCCACGGCGAACCGAGUUUUUGGCAUCAUGGCCCCCAUCAUCGCCAUGUUUGCCAACCUCAAGACCACCGCGCCCGUGUACACGAGUGGCGCUCUCUUUAUCGCCGCCGGGUUGAUGGUCAUACUUUUGCCCUACGAGUCUCAAGGGAAAGCUAGUUUGUGAAAUGCUGAUGGCGUGUAUGUGACUGUGUCAAUACGUGUGAAAGAUGUGAACACAUCAAGGAAGUCGAGAGAGAGAGAGAGAGAGAGCGGCCAGCGAUGCUGUGGCACACUCCUGUCUACUUAUUUCUUGCAUACAUAACGACGAUGAUAGAAAUCCGUCUACUUAUGUAAGGACAUCCUUGGAAAAAACCACAGAUAGCAACGGAAGCACAUCCGCAUGACAUGGCAUAUUUUUACACGGGUCCUGAGAAGUAUUCAGAAGUUUAUGAGGGAAAAAGAAAGUCUCCGUAGGGAUGAAGCGAUCACAUUAUUUGCCUUUUAGCACGCUCAACUCACGUAACUACAUGACCGACUAUGAAAUAUGGAGAAGAGAGAAAAUCACCAAUCUGUAUCACUGGGUAUGAUUAGG